AUGUCGAAGGUGUGCGGCUCAGGUCUGCACGUCCACCCCGCGUGUCUGCAAGAGGGGAGGGAGCUGAAUGCAGCCCACGGGCUGACAGCCGCACCAAGAAAUGUGGGUGAGACACCCCGCUGGUCCUGGCACAGAGGUGAUGAGACCCCCCUCCGAAGCAGGCGUGGUGUCUCUCUGAAGCUAAGAGAUAAGAGGAAAAGACAUCCAGACACACACGCUUCCAGGAUCCAAACCAAAUUCCCAAGGAGCCUUCCACAAGGACUGUGCUGGAACUCAAACAGCAGAUCAAGGCAGGCCGCGGCCUCUCUCAGACCCCUGCUUCCGGACCCCCCGCUCGCUGAUCAGGCCUCCACACAGGUGCUUUGGACGCCACGAUGCAACAGAUUGAAGUGUCUGCAGCGAGGAUCUCGCCUGCCCACUCACACGGCAUCCCAGGCCCCGAGACAGCACAUCACGGCACAAGGAACGGGCACCACCCACCACAUCGGAUUUACCUGCACCCCGAUCUGCCACGCUGCAAAGGCUACACUGACCAGUCCGGCUCCUCCAGGGCAGUGGAACUGCCAGACAGCUUUGGAACUCGGCACAGGACUUGAAGUCUCCAUAUGGACAAAAUGGCUUGUCCAACGGGAACCGGACUGCCCCUCGGUGUGGAGCCGCGGCAAGCCGCCCAGGGCCGGGAAGUGGUUCAUCCCCUUGCCUGCAUUUUCCAUGGGGGGUUGGGGCCUCUUCAGCAGCAUCAAGAAGUCAUUCCAGGGCUUCCCUGGUGGCUCAGUGGUUAAGAAUCUGCCUGCCAAUGCAGGGGACAUGGGUUCGAGCCCUGGUCCGGGAAGAUCCCACAUGCCACGGAGCAACUAAGCCUGUGCACCACAACUACUGAACCUGCGCUCUAGAGCCCGCGAGACACAACUACUGAGCCCAUGUGCCACAACUACUGAAGCCCACAUGCCUAGAGUCCAUGCUCUGCAACAAGAGAAGCCACCGCAAUGAGAAGCCCGCGCACCGCAAUGAAGAGUAGCCCCCACUCGCCACAACUAGAGAAAGCCUGCGUGCAGCAACGAAGACCCAACGCAGCCAAAAAUAAAUAAAUUAAUUUAAUUAAUGUAAAAAAAAAGUCAUUCAAUGGGAAAAAAUAUUUGCAAACGAUGAGACUGACAAGGGCCCAAGGGCUUAAUUUCCAAAAUAUACAGACAGCUCAUACAACUCAACAACAAAAAACAAGCAACCCAAUCGAAAAAUGGGCAGAAGACCUAAAUAGACAUUUCUCCAAAGAAGACACACAGAUGGCCAAGAGGCACAUGAAAAGAUGCUCAUCAUCGCUAAUUAUCAGAGAAAUGCAAAUCAAAACUACAGUGAGGUACCACCUCACACUGGUCAGAAUGGCCAUCAUUAAACAGUCUACAAAUAACAAAUGCUGGAGAGGGUGUGGAGAAAAGGGAACCCUCCUACACUGUGGGUGGGAAUGUAAGUUGGUGCAGUCACUAUGGAGAACAGUAUGGAGGGUCCUCAGAAAACUAAAAAUAGAAUUACCAUAUGAUCCCAGCAAUCCCACUCCUGGGCAUAUAUCUGGACAAAACUAUAAUUCAAAAAGAUACAUGCACCCCUAUGUUCAUAGCAGCACUAUUCACAAUAGCCAAGACAUGGAAGCAACCAAAAUGUCCAUCGACAGAUGAAUGGAUAAAGAAGAUAUGGUAUAUAUAUAUAUAUAUAUAUAUAUAUAUAUAAUGGAAUAUCAUGCAGCCACGAAAAAGAUGAAAUAAUGCCAUUUGCAGCAACAUGGAUGGACCUAGAGAUUACCAUACUAAGUGAAGUGAGUCAGACAAAAACAAACACCAUAUGAUAUCACUUAUAUGUGGAAUCUAAAAUAUGACACAAAUGAACUUAUCUAUGAAACAGAAACAGACUCACAGACAUAAGAAUAGACUUGUGGUUGCCAAGUGGGAGGAGGUUGGGGGAGGGAUGAACUGGGAGUUUGGGGUUAGCAGAUGCAAACUAUUAUAUAUAGAAUGGAUGGACAACAAGGUCCUACUGUAGAGCACAGGGAAAACGAUAUUCAAUGUCCUGGGAUAAACCAUAAUGGAAAAAAUAUGAAAAAGAAUAUAUAUGUAUAACUGAAUCACUCUGCUGUACAGCAGAAAUUAAACACACCAUU